AAUGAGGCUGUUACAUGUAAUUGGGUUUUCUUUGCUUUUUAUCAUUGGAUCUACCUUUGCAAUGGAUGAUACAUUAAGAAAUGUACUACAGGAGUUACAAAGUUUGAAAAAGACAGUUGCUGAACAAGGGCAGAUAAUUCAGUCUCUGCAGACGACCUUAGAUUCAGUGACGGAACAAUUAGAAAAACAGCAAAAAGAAAAUGAACUAUUAAAAGUCGAGCUGAGUGCAGUAAAAGAGAAGAUAAACUGGCAACAGAAUGAGAUUUCAAAAACAAAUCAAGGAACCACCCAUGAUGCUAAAAUCUUGAAGGCAACAAACCAGAAUGAAACACGUGCUGCACAAAAAAUUUUCAGGGAGAAAAGACUUUCAGGGCAAUUGAUGCAUCUUAGAAGGAAACGAUUAAUUUCUCCGUCACUCGAAAUCGGAUUUACAGCAGCCAGACAUAGUGGUCAUACUGUUCAUCAACAUGGAAUUAUCGUUUUUGAUACGAUCAUAACUAACAUAGGUUCCGCCUAUAACCCAACGACUGGACUCUUCAAGGCACCAGUUGAGGGACUUUACGUCUUCUUUUUUGACAUUGAAUGUGCGAAAGACAACGGUGAUACUUACGCAGAGCUUGUGAGAGAUGGGGCUGGUUUAGGAAUUCAGACAUACUGCCAUGGCUUGGGAGAUUUUGAUAACAGUGGUACAUUAGGGGGGGAAAUCAUCACCAAACCCUCUCAAAGACUCUUCAAUGAUGAGAAAGUCUAUAGUAAGAAUGAGUGCUUUCCGACGAUGGUCAACCAGGCAGAAAUGAAACAUAUAAACGAUUCUACGUCAAGGCGACAGGGAGAAAAUUAA